UGGAGAAGGAGGCGGCUUGCGGUGUUAGGUGCGGUGCGCCGAAGUUUUGUAAAAUUGCUUGGUUGUUUGAAAGCCAGCCGGCGGCAGGUCCACUGCAAUGUCUGUCAAUGCCAGCUGCUCUUUAUUCGACACGGUCUCAACCGGAUAAUCCCGAGCUGGCGUUUGGAUUAUUGCUCCUGCUGUGCUGUUGUAGGUAGACAAAUCAAUUCAUCGGAUCAGUCAGGAGGACGGGAUUCAUUUGCUGUGGACUUCAAGAUUAUUCCUCGGCUUGCUUCUCGUUUUUAAGAGCUGGGUUCUGGCGUUUUGGACUUGUCACCAGCAACCGGUGCAGCCAGUAGUCCCACACAGUGGACUGGAAGUGUUGACUGGAGACGCACACGUGCAGACGCAUUGAUUUUUCCAGCACUCUGGAUAAAAAGUUGCUUUGCUCUGUUUGGGAUUUUGUUUAAAAGAGGAAGAUAAACAGCCAGACAACAUGUCGCUGAGCAGAAGUAUUGAAUUUGAACACUUUGAGGAACGAGAGAAGCCGCACCGAACACCGAGGACCAACUCGGUCUCUGGGUCCCAGUCAGGCUCCAGAGGCAACGGUCUGGUCCCCAGCCCUGCGCACAGUGCGCACUGUAGUUUCUACCGCACACGCACCCUCCAGUCCCUCACAUCCGAGAAGAAAGCCAGAAAAGUGCGGUUUUAUCGCAAUGGAGACAGAUACUUUAAAGGUUUGGUGUAUGCAGUGUCCAACGACCGCUUCAGGUCUCUGGAUGCUCUGCUCAUGGAGCUCACAAGGUCCCUGUCGGACAAUGUCAACCUUCCUCAAGGAGUCCGGACGUUAUACGCACUGGAUGGAGGCAGGAGGAUCACCAGUCUGGAUGAGUUAGUAGAGGGUGAGAGUUACGUGUGUGCCUCGAAUGAACCCUUCCGGCGUGUGGACUACACCAAAAACGUCAACCCCAACUGGUCCGUGGGCUGCAAGACCGGCACAUCACGCUCCCUCUCCUCUCUCAUCCCGCUGAAGAGUGAGCUGCAGCGUGAGUCCAAGGACUUCAUCAAACCCAAACUAGUCACAGUCAUCCGCAGCGGUGUCAAACCCCGCAAGGCAGUACGUAUACUGCUCAACAAGAAGACAGCGCACUCCUUUGAGCAAGUGCUCACCGACAUCACAGAUGCAAUCAAGUUGGACUCUGGAGCUGUGAGGAGGCUGUACACUUUGGAGGGCAAGCAGAUUAUCUGCCUGCAGGACUUCUUUGGGGACGAUGACGUGUUCAUAGCAUGCGGGCCGGAGAAGUACCGCUAUGCCCAGGACGACUUUGUGUUGGAUCACAGUGGUAAGGCUUCCACAGCCUUUAUGACUGAAUGCAGAGUGCUGAAGUCGUCACACAGCCGCUCUGCUACUCCGAACCGGACAACUAAGAGCCCUGGGCCCUCACGACGCAGCAAGUCCCCAGGUGCAGCAAGACAGCCUGUCCACUACUCCACCAGUCAGUCUCCAAUCAAAUCCCCAGUAAACAGUAUCUCAGGCAGCCAGAUCUCAACUCCAAAGUCCACCAAGUCCUCCACUCCGUCUCCCACCAGCCCUAAAACUGUCCCCAGUUUUAAGACCCCUCCAUCACAUCACAUCUCGUCCUCAAAUGUAAAUGGCUCGUUGAACAAUCACCAGGAGCAAACCAAUCGGCUGAGUCCAGAGGUUAAUGGGAACCGCUACCUGCCUGCCUCCACCAUCUUAGAAAAAUACAAGAUUGGCAAAGUCAUCGGAGAUGGCAACUUCGCCGUGGUCAAAGAGUGUGUGGAGAGGUCCACAGGAAAAGAGUUUGCACUGAAGAUCAUCGACAAAGCCAAGUGCAGUGGAAAGGAGCACCUCAUAGAGAACGAGGUUGCAGUGCUGCGGAAGGUCAAACACCCCAACAUCAUCAUGCUGAUAGAGGAGGUGGACACUCCCUCUGAACUCUACCUGGUUAUGGAGCUUGUCAAGGGAGGAGAUUUAUUCGAUGCCAUCACCUCCUCGGCCAAAUACACAGAGAGAGACGCCAGUGUCAUGGUGUACAAUCUUGCUGAGGCUCUGAAAUACCUGCACAGCACCAACAUCGUCCACAGAGACAUCAAACCAGAGAACUUGCUGGUGUUUGAGUAUCCCAAUGGCACCAAGUCAUUGAAACUGGGAGACUUUGGCCUGGCCACAGUGGUGGAAGGACCUCUGUAUACUGUAUGUGGGACUCCUACAUAUGUGGCUCCAGAAAUCAUCUCCGAAUCUGGUUAUGGUCUGAAGGUGGAUAUCUGGGCUGCAGGUGUCAUCACCUACAUCCUUCUGUGUGGCUUCCCUCCAUUUAGAAGUGAGAGUAACCUGCAGGAAGAUCUGUUUGACCAGAUCCUUCAGGGGCAACUGGACUUUCCCAGUCCCUACUGGGAUAACAUCACUGAUUCAGCCAAGGAGCUGAUCGGAAAGAUGCUGCAGGUCAACGUUGAGGCUCGAUACACAGCACAAGACAUCCUCUCCCACCCUUGGGUCACGGACGACGCAGUCAUGGAGGACAACAUGAAGAUGGAGGUCACAGGUAAACUGAAGACACACUUUAACACUGCGCCAAAGCACAACAACACCACAGCUGGGGUGAACGUCAUCAUGAUGACAGCUCUUGAUAAGAAGACCCUCCAGCUCACCACCCGUCGUCGUCCACGGCCCCAAACAGUGCCAUGUCCACCAUCAUCGUCUAGCAAGAAAGCCCCAUCUGCCCUUCCAGUCAAAUCAGCCUCGCCAACAAAGUCAGGACCAGCUUCCCCAACCAAACAGGCAUCACGCACCAAAGAACCAAAACCUGCCACGCCUAAGUCACCCAUUAAGUCUGCUCGUCUCAAGGCACCCAAGACCGCUGGGGCUGCUGUUCCUGAUGCUACAUCCACCUCCAAUGCUUCCUGUUCUCAUUCCCAAGCUGAUGGUGUUGAUUUCCCUCACCCUGCUCCUGUGAGUUCACCUCAUGUCUCCCCUUCACCCUCUGCUGAAUCUCUCCCCAUCACCUCUUUGCCUGUCUCCUCCCCGCCUGAAACAUCACCCUCUGCUGCUCCCUGCUUAUCUCUAGAAACACCCUCACCCUCUGCCCCUCCUGUUGUUUCCACCUGCAACACUCCCUCUACACCCGUCUCCUGCCCUUCCCCAUCAUCUCCAACCAAACCAACCCAAAUCCCUUCCUCCUCUCCUACCAAAGAGGCACCAUCCCCACCUUCCUCUCCCACAAAACAAGCCUCCCCCUCCCCAGUCUCCCCCAUCAAACCUGUCAUAUUCUUCCCCUUCUCCUCCCCGACCAAACAAGAACCUUCCUCCCCAUCUCCCAAUCAUCCAACCCUGUUUCCCUCUCCUCCUUCUACACCUCCCAGAUCCACAUCCCCACCCUCCCCCGCUGGCCCUCCUUCUCCCAGCCCUCUACCUGCUGAGGAGCUAGUGGAGAUUUAAAUGGUGAUUCUAUAGCCAGUAUCACCUCCCACUCCUUCUUAUAACAUGUAUGUGUCAGUAAACAGUCCAUCCCGAGCAUUUCCAAUAGCUGUAAACUGAGCCAGUGACUGCUGUGUCCAUAGUUUUCUCUCACUCUUACACCACUCAUUCUGAGAGACGGAGGAUACAAAGCAUUUUCUAAGAGUGUGUCGAUUGUAUAUAUAUGUUUGUAUUUAUUAAUGGAGGAUGUGGAGAAAGGGAAUGAGCUGAAUACAUCACUGUUCUGAGUGGUUUGUCUUUAGUUGUCAUGCAUUACUACAGUAUAUCACCUUAAUGUGAAUUCUUUCUUUUAUUUAUUAUCCCGUGUUGACUGCCUGUGGCUCUUUUGUAAAUAGUUAUUCAUCACACCAUUGUGAACUCCUAUUGCUUUAGCAGAGAGACAGUAUGUCCACAAUACACACAAAAGUAUUACAGCAUAUCAAACGUCUGAACUUGCUAGCCUAGCUACCUGUAGUGUACUCCAACUAUAACCACUAUCAGUAUUUUCUCUGACCACAGCCAUCCUGAUGGUAACCGCAAGUCUACUGUUCAACUUAAGAUUCCUAUUAAGUGUUAUUAUAUACAGUGCAGUGGGUUGACAAAAUAAAUGUAAUACCAACCAAAGUACCAAACUACGGCCGUGCUUUGUCAGUGAAACAGCCUCAGCUGUAGCCUUGAAUUCAUGCGUGUAAAAGUGUUAAUAAUCAACAGUGUUAACGCUGACACACAUGGCUGUUCACAUUCAGCUUAAAGGGUAUGUUCACCAAAUUACAAAAAAAUAAACAUUGUCUUAGUUACCUCUAGUGCAGUGAACACCACCCUUUGUGGCUUGUGACCUUGUAUAGAAACAGUUAGAAUGGGAUCGAUUUCCGAUUUUGAUGGUCUGGUCUGGUGUACGAGCUCAAACCAGUUUGAUUUUCUGAAAACCAACUGAACCAGCGUUUGUCAUUAUAAACCUUACUGGCAAAUUCAGAAAAUAUAAACAGACUAAUAGAACCACUAGUGUCUGACAGGCUGUGCGUUAUUUACUGCCAAGUGGAGCACUGUAACAUGAACAAAAUCAAAUUUUAGUAGAGGUGGGAAGUGGAAGAACAACACACAUUGUGUUUGUUUACUGGAAACUUAAUGUGUUUUUUGAGGUGACAAGAGGAGACAUUGUUUUGACAUAGCAUCAAUAUGGCAUCAUUUUGAAUAUGAAACUGACAAAAGAAGUGAGCUAAAAAACAGACGAUGCAAUGUGCGCCUCUCGGGAGUGGCUGCUGAGUCAAGUGCGACACAUAGUGGCAAAAUUCGGUAUUCCAGUCCAAGGUUUGGCUUAAUAUCAGACUGGUUUGGAAAUCUUUACUCUUGGCCACAGGAGUGUUUUUUUCUGCUUUCCUAUCCUGUCAAUCAUCUCUAAAACUCUUUAAAAUGAUCUCAUGACAAGUUUCUCUCACCAGAUGUAGACUGUGGCUUUAAACCUGCCACUGGGCGCUAAUUUCUCCCUUCCUUCUGCUAUCUGCAUGUUACUGUUUUCAAAACCGCCCUCGCUACGGGAAACAACAACCUCCGAGCUAUCAGCUUACAUGCUGAAAAUGGCAUAAAGGCACGCAAGCUUUGUUCUCUUGGUCAAUUUUUGUAAAAUCGAGAACAAAUAAAACAACCUGUGAAGACACGUCAGAAAAGCCACGACGCCGUCUCGCAGGACUCUUGUGCCAGAUGUUAAUCAGUUUUCUAACACAGUCCGUUGGAGUUGAUUUGCCACAUUUUUUAACUUUGGCAGCAGCAUGCGACAGUGACCAGUGUACAGAUCUGUUUCACUUCACACAAGUAUUAUUGUAAUGUUCAGCUAGAGCCAAAUACAGCCAGCAAAUCAUGUGUGGAGUCCAGUGAGCUCCUCCAGAUCUAAUAUACAGUCAUGCUUAGCUUCGAGGGCAACGAUUAUCAAAUCAUAGUGACACAGGACUGUUAAUGUUUCUGUGGCUUUUCUUGUGCAGGGCCAUUUUAAUGACACUACUUGCCUCCCCAUGUCCAAAUGUUCCGCCGGAACAAGGUCAACCCUGACACUAUUUCGCAAAAGCACUGUCGCUGCAUCCUAGGCUUCCUUCCACCCAAGACAAUUAUGAUUGGUUUAAAGAAACACAACCAAACCCGAGAGAUUUUUCCCUCAUAGCAGAAAGAUAAUCAGUGAUUCCAGACCCCUCUCUAGCCCGAGCACGUGACUAGCUUGUGACCCAAUGCAGGGUCCGGAGCCCAAGGUUGGGAAUCACUGCUCUUGUGUUAAACAGAGAGAUGUAUCAUAGAAAUGUACUUUGCUGUUACUCGAAACUUAAUUCUGUCUGACUUCAUUGUACAAACAGCUGUUUCAAAGGAAUACAUCUGCUGUAAGUGAGGGUAAAUAAGUGUUCCUUUUAUUUAGGUGAACUGACCCUUUAACAUGACCUGCCAGUGUAUCCGCCUCUGUAAUUACGAAUAAGUCAGUGUGCACCCACUGUAACUGACGGACAUGCUGAUACAUCCACAUCCUGUUUGUAUGUAUUAUUUGAUGUGAACACUGUAGUUGUAAAUAGUGUGAAGAAUCUUAGCUGUCCACCUGAAACUUGAAGGUUUGUUUUUGUCUGUGUGUGUCUGAGCAGUUAAUGGCGCUCAGCGUCACUAAUAACUGCGUCAAACUAGAGAAAAUAGAUCCAACAGACAUGAAACCAAAUUGCAGGUUUGUUUCUAAUGAAUUGGAAUUUUCUCCUCAGACUGCAGCGCUGCACAGAGAGAAAACAGAUGAACUCAGUUACCAGUCGAUAUAAUUCCUACUGACAAUGCUACACUGUGGGUUGCAUGAAACAAGUCAAUGCUGUUCCUUCAAAAUACUCAAGCAAUGGUCUUCGAUCUGCUGGAUCUAUACGAAUGAAUGUGUCGUAAAGGUGACGGGUUUGUGCCUGACCACUAGCUAACAGCUCAUAACUUAAUGAUGCCUUUAUCAAAACCAGCUUGGCUGAAAAACGGAGUUCCAACGUGUGCAUCCUAAAGAUAAGUUAUGUAAGAUUUUUCGUUUUGUACCCGUUUCAGACUCCACAGCAGCAUUUACCCCAGCUGGUGUUUAGUAGGGCUAACUCCUUCAGUGGUUCAACAUGCCUCUUUAUCUCUUCAGGACUUUCAGCUGCAUGCAUACUCCAUUCCCACCUCCUGUUUCUCCCUGUAAGACAGAAACCCCUCACACAUACACAAAGUCAAGUUGGUACAUAAUGUCAUUUAGCUUCCCCUGAUGUAUAUGUAGUUAAAGGUAGAUUUUCAUAUGCAGUUUGUAAAGGGAAAUUUGUAUGAAAAGACAGUUUUAAAACAGGUUUAUCGUCUGUCAAACUGGAGUAACAGUUUUUAUUAGGCAUAAAGUGGCUGCUUUUGAUGUCCUAUUGUUUGAAAGGAAGAACAGCAAAAUGCAAUAAAGACUUCAAAUGAA